AUGGCGCCGAAAAAGAAUAGUGCAAAGCGGCCACAGCCCAGCACACCGAAGCCUUCCGCUCCAGCACGAAUCGUUAAAGUACAGUCUUCUGAUGGUCACAUCCUUCAAGCUGAUGUUCGAGCGCUGCUUCUUUCGAGCACUCUAGCCGCUACUAUCAAGGGAUAUGACGACGAAAACAAACCUCUGGAAAAAUUAGAAGUCAACAAUGUUGUCGGAUUCACUUUGAAGCUAGUGCUAGAAUGGUGUGAGAAGCACAAAGAAGACGAUCCAGCCAUUGCACAAGCGGAGAAGGACAAGAAAAAUAUUUUCAUUCCGUCGUGGGACAGACAUUUUCUCACCAAAUUGCCCAUGGGAAAUCUGUUUGAUCUCAUAACUGCUGCCUAUCAUUUGGAUAUUACUGGACUGAUCAAUUACGGCUGCAAAACGGUUGCUAACUCAGCAAAAGGAAAAUCUACAGAAGAGAUGAGAGAACUGUUUGGGAUUCCGGAGCCAUGGGAACAACCGUCCACCUCAACUGCCACUUGGGACGAUUAA